AUGAUUGAGAAAAAAGACUUUUUCCCUGGCUUUACCCCCUUAUCAGCACAGGUUUUCAUCCGCCACCCUGAUGCACAGAGCGAUGCUGUCGAGCGUCCAACUGAUCCCAGGGCCGUUCUCAUCUACUCAUGGGGUGAUGGACAGCCCAAAAACCUGAUCAAAUAUGCCGAUGGAUACAGAGAUCUCUUCCCCUGCUCAACGCAGAUCGUCGUGCUGGCUCCCAUCUCCACAGCCAUGUGGUCAAACCUCGACCAACGCACACAGGCGAUGAGGCCUGUAAUUGAUGCCAUCUUUCCCAAGGCAUCCAACGACGACACAGAGAUUGAGAACAGAGAAGAUCGUGUGCUGGCACACAUCAUGUCCAACACUGGCGGCAUAAACUAUGCUGCAACACUGAAUGCCUAUCGUGCUGUUCACGACAGGCCAAUGCCGCAUCACCUUCUGGUCUUCGAUUCCACGCCUGGCAGUGUCAUCAUGACACGCGAAAACCUGGCUCGCUGGUCACGGGCAAUGGCUCUGGGAACUGCAAACUGGUUUCCCUGGCCGUUUGCCGUUACACAAACCCUUUGGGCCGGUUUUCUCUGUGGAAAUCGCGUGCUCGAGUGGGCUAUCGGAAAGGAACCUGCUCCAGUCUUCAGCGUGAAGGCGAUUAUAGACCCGUAUUAUGAGACCAAAGAUACGCGACAUUUAUACGUUUACAGCGAGGACGACGACUUGAUUCCAUACGAAGAUAUAGAAGAGCAUAUUGCGGAAGCAAGGAAAAGAGGAUAUAAGUCUGAUAACCACAUGUUCAAGGGCAGCGGGCAUGUGCGACAUAUGCAAAUGUUUUCGGAAGAAUACUGGGGCGCUAUUCGGACGUCUUGGAAUAGAGCAACGAGCGAGCCUUCUGACAGAGCGUAA